UGAAUUCAACCCCACCUCCAGUGCCCCACGAUCCUCCACCAACGCACCUCGAGCGCAAGUCUCAUAAAUGCAAGGCAACAUUGACACAGCAACACAACUGCAAGUGUGUAUAUCCAACGACACAGCUGCUGCAGCACGCAGAGGACACAUUCGCCAUGGGGCAAACACCUACGAUAUCGGUGCCGCUCAAGGCAACCAACGAAAUCGACUGGGUGACACCGCUGAAGGAAUAUAUCAGAGACACGUAUGGCGAUGAUCCCGAACGCUACGCCGAGGAAUGCGCAACCUUGAACCGCUUGCGCCAGGAUAUGAGGGGCGCCGGAAAGGACAGCACGGCCGGUAGAGACUUGCUGUACCGGUACUACGGCCAACUGGAGCUGCUCGACUUGCGGUUCCCGGUCGAUGAGCAGCACAUCAAGAUCUCAUUUACAUGGUUUGACGCCUUUACGCACAAGUCCACCGCUCAAUACUCUCUCGCCUUCGAAAAAGCCUCCAUAAUCUUUAAUAUCUCCGCCAUUCUAUCUUGCCACGCCGCCAACCAACCAAGAUAUGAGGAGUCCGGGCUCAAGGCCGCCUACCACUCUUUCCAAGCUUCUGCGGGCAUGUUCACGUACAUCAACGAGAACUUCUUGCAUGCCCCGUCGUCAGACCUGAGCCGAGAGACGGUCAAGACUCUGAUAAGCAUCACACUUGCUCAGGCCCAGGAGGUGUUUCUGGAGAAACAAGUCGUGGAUAACAAGAAGGUCGGACUGCUUGCAAAACUCUCCAGCCAGGCCGCGUAUCUGUAUUCACAGGCCGUGGAGGGCGUUCAGGAAAAUGUCAACAAGGCCAUAUUUGAGAAAGUUUGGCUUCUGUUCGUUCAGAUCAAAUACAACUUGACGGCAGCCCAGUCUCAGUACUACCAGGCCAUCGCGGAUGACGACGCAAAUUCACAUGGCAUCGCUAUAGCUAGACUUACAGCCGCUGAAGUUCAAGCUAAAGAAGCCCAUAGGAUCUCAUCAAACUUCCCCAGCUCCAUGCCCCCGAGCUCAAAUUUGAGCGCAGAGACUGGCGUUCUUUUGGCAGAUCUUUCGAAACGUACCUUGACGACUAUUCAGGAGAAGUUGAAAGAGUUCGUGAAGGACAACGAUUUCCUUUAUCACCAAACAGUGCCGGCUGAGGCUAGUCUGGCACCAGUAGCAAAACUGCCGGCGGCCAAACCCAUUCCUGUGAGCGAACUUUACGCCGGGCAGGACAUUCAGCGCAUCACGGGGCCGGAUUUGUUUGCUAAAAUUGUCCCUUUGGCGGUGACGGAGUCGGCUAGUAUGUAUGAUGAGGAAAAGGCAAAACUUGUUCGCGCAGAGACGGAGAGAGUCGAUCUUGCAAACAGCGAGAUGGCGGCUAGUCUUGACUACCUGAGGCUGCCUGGUGCACUGCAGGUUUUGAAGGGAGGAUUCGAUCAGGAUAUUUUACCGGACGAGGACUUCAGGACAUGGUGCGAUGACGUCGCAGGCCAUGAGAAUCCCAUCUCCAUCUUCGACACCUUGAAGAUUGAUAAAGACUCAAUAUUGACUGUUUUGGACAAAAGUUCAAAACAGCUCGAUAUGGAGGAGAGUGUUUGCGAGAAGAUGCGGUCCAAAUAUGAGAGUGAAUGGACCCAGCAACCAAGUUCUCGGCUCACAGCAACGUUGAGGGGAAACAUUCGAAAUUACAAGGAAGCAUUGGAUGAAGCGUCCAAGAGCGAUGUGCAACUAUACCAAAAGUUUCGACAAAAUGAGAGCGACUUGGAGGAGAUGCGAACCGCUGCUCAAAGUGGUGACGCAGAUGCCCUCUUUCAACGUGCUGUCAACAAGGUGAGGUCCAAGUCAAGCCACGCCACGAGCCCAGCUGCUGCCGAACCCAAUCUGCUGGACGCAGACUUCGACGACGACAGGCCCAGUGUCAUGGACCAGAUCAACAGGGUUGAGGAGAUACUCAAGAAGUUAAAUCUGAUCAAGAGGGAACGCAACCAAGUACUGAAGGACCUCAAGGACAAAGUUCAUAAUGACGACAUCUCACAAAUUCUGAUAUUGAACAAGAAAUCCAUCUCCAAUUAUGAGAACCAGUUGUUCCAGACGGAACUGGAGAAGUUUAGACCCCAUCAGAAUCGACUCCUUCAGGCAAACCAUAAGCAAUCUUCAUUGAUGAAGGAACUCACGGCAGCAUUCAACAACCUUCUCCAGGACAAGCGGGUCCGCGCAGAGCAGAGCAAAUACGAGUCCAUUCAGAGGCAGAGAGCGUCGGUAGUGAACAAGUACAAGAGAGCCUAUCAAGAGUUCCUGGACCUCGAAGCUGGGUUGCAGAGUGCUAAGAGGUGGUACAGUGAGAUGAAGGAGACAGUGGACAGUCUUGAGAAGAACGUAGAGACCUUCGUCAAUAACCGGCGGUCUGAAGGCGGCCAGCUCCUCAAUCAGAUCGAACAAGAAAAGGCAGCAAACAAGAGUCAACAAGCCGAGCAAGAGCGAGAGCGUCUGCGUGGUCUGAUGGAACGUAUGUCGAUGGACCAUGCGCCUUCGCCACCACAGAAGACGGGACCUAGCAGACCAGUCCCAACACCUCUAUCUCUUGGGCAAAACAGCACCCCACGUUAUCCCUCAACAAGCUUUACCGGCCAGUACCAGGUUCCGAGCUCACCUCCUCCCAAUCAAGCAAAUUAUCCUUCCUUCUCCAGCCCCCCGCCGAACACCUCGUUCACUCCUACAGCGCAACAAUAUCAGUCGUCCUUUAGUCAACCAUACAACCCAAGCAGUUGGGGCCGCAACCUAGGCCCUACGUCUCCUCCCCCGAACCAGACCAGUUUCAACCUUGGAGCAGGUGGACGAGGUCCAGCAUCACCACCUCCGACACAGGCGUCCUUCGGCCAGAACCAGUACAACACAUACGGCAACAUGCAAGCACAGCAGUCCCAGAACCAACCACAGCACUACGUGCCUCCUGGCUUCGUACCUCCUCCCCCACCCCCCGGUCCUCCGCCUUUGGGACCCCAACAGACAGUCCACUAUUCCCAACAGGAAUACCCCUACGGCAACACGCCUCAGAACUCACAGCAGCAGCAGUCGCAGCAUGAUCCGUGGGCCGGCUUGAGUCAAUGGAAGUAACUAUUCUGGAGCAACGCUAGAAACUGAGACAAUUUAAGUAGAAAUUGGACAACAUACUACUGCUGGUCUGCAGCAUAUAUUUGGAGCCUGUGUGUUCUGUGUUACCGUCCCAUAUGAAAUCGAAUCGACGCCUGUCGGUGAGGCAUGGAAUGAACGAAAAGUACUCUAUCACGCGU